CUAGUGGUCGGUUGCGUUCGUUUCUUAGCAACCAAGAGACACGCAGUGGCAACCACGUGAUGGAGGUGGAGGCCCCCAAAGUGAAGGAUGGGAAGACGGCGGGCAACAGCCUGGGGUUCUUCCCCACCGCCGUCACGGAGGAAGCGCUGGAGGAGGCCCGGCAGAAGUCCCUGCGGCGCAUUUUUGGGACGACCGAGACCUUGCGCUACGUGAAGAGUCCCGAGAAAGUGGGGACGUACCAAGGCCUCCUGCAGAGGAAGACCGAAGAGCACUACCAGGAAGGGAACCGGUACUUCUCUCAGGGAGAAUGGGAAAAAGCCAUCACUUGCUUCACCAAGGCCCUGAACCUGGACCCUACGAAGGGAGAGCUCUACGAGCAGAAGGCCGAGGCCUUCCUCCAGCUCUGCGACUUCAAGUCGGCCAUGAUGCACCUCCGGAAGGCCUACUCGUUGUCCUCGCGGAAGGAGAGCGUCAUUGCCCGCCUCGCCUUCGUUUCGCACCUGCAGGGCCAGUGUCUCUACGAGCAGAGCUGCUACUUGGAAGCCUUGGAGUCCUUCACCCGCGCCGCGGAGCUGGAAUCUCAGAAUAAGCUUUUCCGUAUGAGGAGCAUUGCCUGCUUGGUGGCCAUGAAACGCUUCAACGACUGCCUCCAGAUGGUCAACGAAGAGGUUGCGCAGGAGAAGAACGCGGACCUCUUCGUCCUCAGAGCUCGGCUCUACGAACAUUUUGGGAAGGUGACCUUGUGUUUCCACAACCUGCAAGACGCCCUUGCGCUAGAACCGAACCACGCCGAGGCUCAAGUGAUGAUGAGCAACCUGAAGAAGGAGGCCCAGCGAUCCCGGGACCAAGCCGCCACCAAGGCGGUCAAGGCGAACCUGAAAGCGGCCCUGGUGAAGAUCAACCGGGCCAUUGACUACAACCCUGUGGAGGCCAGUUACUUCCUCUUCAGAGGAACCCUCCUGAGGCGUCUGAAGGACUUCAACGCCGCCCUCGAUGACUUCCUCAAAGCCGCAAGCCUCAGCAAGGGUGAGGAUGGCGAGGAGGUGCGCGCCGAAGCGCAGAAGCAGGUGCUCCUGACCUACAACGACUUCGCCGUGCAUUGCUACACCAAGGACUGCUACCGAGAGGCUGUCCUCCUCCUCAACAAGGCCAUCAAGGGGGAGAAGGACGAGAAGGGGCUCUACAUGAACAGAGGAGACUGCUUCCUCCAACUGGGCGAGCUGAACUUUGCGAUGGCCGACUACCAGCAAGCCCUGGAGCUCCGGCCCUCUGACCCGUUGCUGAGGAAACGCAUUGCUUGGCUGUACAACGAGAUGGGCCAUCGGGAGUUCCAGGAGAGGCGAUACCAGCAGGCCGAAUCGUAUUUCUCCCAAGCCAUUGAGAACAACCCUCGCCAGCUCAAGUAUUACCUGCACCGGGCCAAGAGCCGCAUGUUUCUGCAGGAGGUGAUGAACGCCAAGGAAGACGUGGUGACGGCCCUCCUUCUGGACCCGGCCAGGGCGGAGACCCACACUUUGGCCAAAAACUUCUUCCCAGGGGAGCACAUCAAGUCCUUCACCAACAGCAAAAUGGGGGUCCUCGCCAGGACGCUCCUGGACCGGAGAAUGGCAAACUGCCCGGAACCCACUACAGACUCGGCAAAACACAAAGGCUCGGAUCCCAGAGGGAAAGAAGAGCCCCCCAAAGACGUCUACACCGAAAACAAAGAACCGGAGAAGGCAGCGGAGGAGAAGGAGAGCAGAGAGAAGCUGCGGGGCUUCGAAGAGAAGCGGCUGAAGGAGAGGAUGUCGGCUUGCCAGCUGAAGACGCGCCAAGUAAGUCUCCCUUUAGGACGGGGGUUUUGGACUUCAACUCCCAUCAUUCCUAACAGUCUCGGGCCCUUCGCUGUCUGCCUGUCAGGUGAGCCAGGAGGUGAAGGAAGCGCUGGAGAAGAGGGUCUCCCUGGAGCCAAGCGCCUUGCGCCUGGACCUCAGCCCGAAGCUGCCUGAACCGGUCCGUUCGGACGAACCUUACCAAUGGAGGACCUUCAACCAGGGCAUCGGACACUUCUAGGCCUCUCGGGCAGCGUUGCGUUUGGUUUCCCUGCCAUAUCCUCUUAGAUGGAUGUGCCAUUGGGCGAAGAGAGUUGUUGUCGCCUAAUAAAAAAAAAACUCUAUUAACCCCA